GAUUGCGCUAUUCUGUGCCAUAAGUGCUAAACAGGGUGGAACCCCGUUAGGGUUUUUUUUUUUUAUUCCAAACUUCGGAAAUUUUAUAAAUAAGACCAAAAAAAAAAUGGCAAACAAAGGAACCUCAUUCGGCAAAGUUUUGGCCAAAUCUUUAGGAGCCCAAAAGCGGGUUCUCUCCACCUCCACCAGACAAGUGGCGGCUCUCUCUGACGUGCUCCCACUGUCGUGCCCAUUAGGAUCAGCAUCGGCACUAAUUAAUCAACUCCUGGCACCCAAACACACACAACCGGAACCAGCGACUACCGCCCAAACUUCAUUGAAGUCUUUCGACAGCGUUCCGGGUAGUAAGGGACUGCCCUUUAUAGGAACGCUCUUUGACUAUAUCAAGAAAGACGGAUUUCGAUUCAACAAAAUAUUCGAAGCAUAUAGACAAAGAGCGUUAAAGUACGGGCCAAUUUUCAAAGAAAACAUCGCAAACCUUUCUACUGUUAUCAUCUCUGACCCUAUUGAGUACAACAAGGUCAUCGCAGCAGACGGCAAGACACCAACUCGUCAUCCAAUGGAGCCAUGGCACUACUAUCGGGAACAGAAACAACUCGGGCAGGGUCUUGUAGACUUACAGGGUUCUGAAUGGUACAAGGUCCGUUCUGUGGCCUCCAAGAAAAUGUUGAAGAUGAAGGAAGUCCUGGACUUCUGUACAGAUAUGGAUAAAGUGGCUGAAGACUUCAUCAGUCAUUUAAACAUCUUUCGAAACCCACAGAACGAGAUAGUAGAUCUUGAGAAACAGUUGUUCAAAUGGUCAAUGGAGUCCAUCGGUACUUUCUUAUUUGACUCAAGAUUCGGUGCUCUUGGACCGAACCCUCCGAAAGAGACUCAAGACUUUGUGGAGCAUCUGCAAGGAUUCUUCAAACAAAUGCAACCUCUAAUGUUCAACUUUCCUUUCUACAAAAUCUUCCCCACAAGAACGUGGAAACAGUUCGAGAAGCACGCGGACAAUAUCUUUAAGCUUGGCAGAUCUUUCGUAGAUAACAAAGCCAUUCAACUCCAACAAAAUCCUGUCAAAGAGGGAGAAAAGUCCUCUUUUAUAGAAUACAUGAUGAACCAGAAAUCCCUCACUCAAAACGAGGCUCUUUCCACAGUGGUAGACAUGCUGAUCAGCGCCACAGAAACGACUUCAUCUGCAACCGUGUGGGCGCUGUACAGCUUAGCCAAUAAUCCAGAGGCACAGGAAAAACUGUAUGAAGAAACCAAGCGAGUUCUACCCAACAACGAAACCAUCACCCCAGAAAAACUUCCCGAACUUCAAUACGUCAGGGCAGUUAUGAAAGAGUCCUUCAGACUUUACCCCAUCACUUUUGCCACCACCCGAUAUCUGCGAAAGGACACUGAAAUCGCAGGAUAUCUUAUUCCAGCCGGGACCCAUGUUCAAGGACAUGUCUAUGGAAUGUUUCAAGACGAAAAGUAUUUCCCUGAACCUGAAAAAUUCAGACCCGAGCGCUGGACCAAAGGAACUGCAAUGAAACAGGAAGUAAAAGCCAUGUCAAACCUGGUUUGGGGUCAUGGAGCGCGCAUGUGCAUAGGUCGUAGAUUCGCUGAACAGGAAUUGCAUAUUCUGCUGACAAAGAUUGUUCAGAACUUUCGGCUCGAGUACAACCAUAGCCCUGUGGGGGCUGUACUGAACACAGUUAUGACCCCUGACCAGCCUCUCCGUAUCUCUUUUAUCCCAAGAAAUUAAUGGACUACUGCAAACAUAAAUAGCCAGCUGUGAUAUCUCAAUGCUUCAAAAAAAUUGUUGGAUUUACAAUACGCCAUAUUUUGUGCACGCAAAUGCUACAUGUUUAUUUUUUUCAAUCAACAGUUAUAAAUUUCAAAACGGUUCCU